AUGGCUCUUCUCUUUAAAAACACUUCGUCGAAGCAUUCUUCUUCUUCGUCAAACAGCCCAUCCUCAUCUUCAUCUUCAUUAAACUCUACUCCUAAAGAUAAUAUUGGCGUAAUAAACCCUCCUCCACAGCCCCCUCUCUCAAAUGGUUCAUCACAAUCAUCAUCUAGACACUCAAGAAUCUACAAUCAAGACUCUACUAGAACAAGCUCUCCAGUGCUAAUAUCAUCAAACACAACUCUGAUUCAAUCCUCAAGUUCAAUCAUUCCAUCUACACAAGCCAUGUACCAAACCCAACUUCCCAUUCACACUUCAUCACAACCCUACCAAUCUCACACACUGGCUCAACAUCAAGUUCAACAUCAAGUUCAACAUCAAGUUCAACAUCAAGUUCAACAUCAAGUUCAACAUCAAGUUCAACAUCAAGCUCGUCCUCAAAUUUCAUCCUUCCAACCUCCCAUACUACAGCAACACAAUGUAGAGCAGCAACGUUCUCAACAAAUGGCACCUCGAAGAGGUCCUCCCUUGGCUCUCAACUUGGGACCUCCUCCUGCAUUCUCAUCAAACAUCACCAUCUCUCAAAGAGACCCUCUUGUUCUUCAACAAGAAUCACAAACUACUAUCUCCAAUAUCUCAUCUACAAGGCCAAACGCAACCUUCAAUAACUUGGAAACCCCUGUUUCUCCAGCCUCUACCAUUAACUUACCAAAAUCAAUGAAACGUAAAAACUUUAAGAAAUUAUCUCUGGGAUCCCAAGUUGCUCCCACUGCUACUGCCUCUCCUCCAACACCAUCAAAUUACUCUAUAACUGCCUUCUCGUCAGCCUCAUCCUCAAAUUUUUCCCAGUCAAACUCAUCCUCUUCUUUCAUUUCAUCUCCCUCAAACAAUGGCGCUGUAAAUACAGCUGCUACCGGCACAAACACUACAUUUAUCCAACUAGUGGCUCCAAACUCCCAAAUCAUUAGCAGCAGCAGCAGCAGCCGAAGCAGGCAAAAUCCUAACGGUUUGAUUUCUCAAAUGAGCUCCUUGGAUCUUGGCGUUGAGUUUCAACUAGACAUGCGCGAAGAAGACUUGGAGCUCAUUUCAGAACUUGGGUCUGGCAAUGGAGGAACAGUCGCUAAGGUCUUUCAUGUACCUACAAAACGACUAAUGGCUCGUAAAAAAAUCCCGAUUGACCCCAAACCAGAGGUGCGCCGACGUAUCAACAAGGAAAUUCGCAUUAUGAAUGAGUGCCGGUCGCCCUACAUUGUUUCCUUUUAUGGCUUUUACCACAGCAAUAAACAUGUGGCCAUUUGCAUGGAAUAUAUGAACAAGGGGUCACUCGAUUACAUUUCCAAAAAAAAGGGGCCCCUCCCGGAACCAAUUAUUGGUAAAAUUACAGUUGCUGUUAUCGAAGGGCUCCAGUAUCUAUACGAGUCUCACCACAUUAUGCAUCGCGAUAUUAAACCAUCAAAUGUUUUGGUAAACUCGGAGGGCCAGAUCAAACUUUGUGACUUUGGUGUUUCGAGUGAGCUUGUAAACAGUAUGGCUGACACAUUUGUGGGAACUUCCAUCUACAUGUCGCCCGAACGGAUUUGCGGCAGCCAGUAUAGUAUCCGAAGUGAUGUAUGGUCUCUCGGUCUUACCAUUCUUGAACUUGCCAUUGGAUACUUCCCCUGGGUGAACCGGGCUAAGAAGUCUCGUGAUAAUGGUGAUGAUGAUGAUGAUGAUAAUGAUGACGAUGACGACGACGAUGAUGGUGACUACUAUGACGACUCAGAUAGCCAAAAACCUUGUGGCAUCGUGGAUCUGAUCCACAGAAUUGUAAAUGAGCCCCCACCAACAUUGCCUCCUGGUGCGCCCUUUUCCAAGCUUUUUAGAAAGUUUGUGGACAACUGUCUUGUCAAAGAGUCUGACAGACCCACUCCAAAGGAACUUAAAAAUGAAGAGUUUUUCAUUUUAUCUAAAAAGAAUAAUGUGAGGUUAGAUUUAUGGGCACAGCAAUUAUAA